CUUAGAGAUGUCCCCAAUUUCACGUUUGCUUCGUUUAAUUACUAUAACAAUGAUUUGCAAAGCAUCAAUUCAGGGCAAUUUCAGGAGUAGUUAUGGUGUAAGGAUAAAUUAUUGGUACCCAACCUCUUCUUGUGUUCGGUAUAAUAAUAUUCAAUCUCUUGGCAAAUGUUUUGCAACUUGCCUACAGAAGAUGGAAAACUUUUACUUGUUCAGCCAAGACUUGUUAAAUCAUGAAUGUUUGUGCUGUAAGGAUGUGCCUGGAACUCCUUUAACUGGAUCAGAAUGGAAGACAUUUUUGCCAAUUCCCUGUCCUUCUGGAUAUACCACGAUUAUGAAUACUUUUUAUGAAAUCUGUGUGAAAUACGUGCCUACACCUACGAUGUACGAUGAUGCUGUUUCCAGAUGUAAUGAAGAUGGUGGCGACCUCUUCAAAAUUGACUCAGAGAAAAAAUACGAGAUAUUCAAAGAACUUUUAGGACCAUUUACAGCUACAAAUGAAAUUCAAAUAUGGGUUCAGGGAGUAGAGGAAAACAACCAAUGGAAAUUCCACGAUGGAACUCCGAUUCCAAAUAUAUGUCCUAUUCGUGAAAGUAAUAACGCUAAUGAGAUUCAUCUGAGAUCCCACAGCGGAUAUAACUUUGACUGCAUUGACGACCCUCCGUCCAAUAAACAUGAUUAUAUCUGUGAAAUUGAUCGUUUCUUUUGACAAGCCUCCUAGUAUAAGGACAAGAUGCUCGUCAUUGUGAAAAGUAAACUGUGUUAACUGUCGUGGAAGUAAACGUUUUAUAUUGCUUCAGUUUAACAUUUCUAUACUUAAAGAAUGUGUAUCUAUAUUUUAUAUUUUAUAUGUGUUUCUAAUACUAGCAUUUAGAAUACUGUUUUAUCGUUUAUAGAUUAAUGUCAGAUGCUUGUUUCAAUUUAUAUUCACCCUUUUUAUCUUUAGACUUUCAUGUUCCCUAUGAACAUUCAGAACAUUUUUCUUUGACUUUGAAAUAAAAUGAAGUUAAGGAAAUUGUGAGAAUACUUAACACCAAUUUCGAACAUAACGUAGAAUGUUUCUAAUACUUUACACUUGUGACAAGUCCAAAAUGUAAUUUAAAUUUUUCAUUAUAUCACUAUACGUGUAAUUGCAAUAAACAUUUCGCUGAAAGAGCUACAUCUUUUAUGACAGAAGAUACAUUUUUGUCACCUUCAUCAAAGAAAAUGUAAAGGUUGCAGAGAUUACAUGCUUAACUUGCAGCACCAACAAUUUUAUAGAUAGACAAUGUGACGCCGAACACACAAUAAUCUCAAUAGCUUUCUAUAUAUUUAGGAUUUAGAUGUCAAG